CAGACGAGUCAAUAGCGCGCGUAUUUUCUUAUAAUUGGCCGAAAAAAAAAUUAUUUCUUCUUCCUUUCAACACAAACAACAACAACAACAAGUGUGUGUCCGAACAAAUACAGUGAAACGAGAUUUUUUUUGAUAACACACAAAAAGGGGAAACUGCUCUUCGACGAGACGAAUUUUUGUCAGUGCUGCUGAAACUCGCUUCGAGUAAGCAUCGAUUUUUAUUUUUACUCGUGUCGUAAUUUUUUUUACACACUUGCAUUGAAUUUUUUUACAAUAUUAUGUGUGCAGUGAAAUAAAAUUUUGAAGAAAAAAAUUUUUUGUGAUAUCUCGUUGAGAGAAAAAAUAAAAAAAAACACUCAAGUAUACGAAAAUUAAAAAUAAUUCCAAAGAAAAUUGAAUCCUGCUGAUUUUAAUUGAAUUUUGUGUGUGAAAUAGAGCUAAAAACGAAACCACAACUAAAAUGGCAUUGAGAUCUAUCGGUGUACUAAUUAUCAAUGCAGCUGGCAAAUCGUCGGCAAGGCGCAUGGUCAGUACAAGCAGCACUUUGAACGCGAAAAUUCUGAAGGAUUCCCCGAAUGCUCAGCUCAACAAAAACUUGCUGCAACGCUACACGAAGCUCAAGUACGACCCGAAAUACGUGCAAGCGACAUACGUUUGGAUUGACGGCACCGGCGAAAAUGUUCGUUGCAAAGAUCGCGUCUUGACGAAGCGUGUGGAGCGUCCCGAAGAUGCCCCCCAAUGGCAAUACGACGGAAGUAGCACAUAUCAGGCGCUUGGCGGUAACUCGGAUUGCACGCUCGUGCCUCAAGCUGUCUAUCGGGAUCCCUUCAAGGCAGGCUCGAAUGACGUUAUUGUGCUCUGCGACACUUACAAGCCCGAUGGAUCGCCCACAGACACCAAUCAUCGUAACAAGAUGCAAGAUGCCAUGAAUCGCACGAAGCAACAUGAGCCGUGGUUCGGUAUUGAGCAAGAAUAUACGUUGCUCGAUACGGAUGGACGUCCUUUGGGAUGGCCCGUUGGCGGAUUUCCCGGAGAACAGGGACCUUAUUAUUGCGGCGUUGGCGCUGAGAAGGUCUAUGCCAGAGAUAUUGCGGAGUCGCAUGCACUUGCUUGCUUAUACGCUGGUUGCGACUUUGCCGGCACAAAUGCCGAAGUCAUGCCCUCCCAAUGGGAAUACCAAUGCGGACCAAGUGUUGGCAUGAAGGGCGCUGACGACAUCUGGGUAUCACGUUACAUUUUGUGGCGCGUUGCCGAAGAAUUUGGCGUUACCGUGACUUUUGAUCCAAAACCCAUGCCCGGAAAUUGGAAUGGCGCUGGCGGUCAUUGCAACUUCUCGACGAAGGAAAUGCGUGCGGAUGGCGGUUUGGAAGCCAUCAAGGCAGCAAUUGAAAAGCUGUCGCACAAACAGGAGAAACACAUCAAGGCCUACGAUCCCAAAGGCGGGGCUGACAACAUGCGUCGCUUGGUUGGUCGUUUGGAAACGUCGAGCAUCGACAAGUUUAGCUGGGGCAUUGCGGAUCGCGGAAGCAGCGUGCGUAUUCCACGUGGCGUCGCAAACGCUGGCAAAGGAUAUUUGGAAGAUCGUCGUCCAUCCAGUAACAUGGAUCCCUAUUCCGUGUGCCAUGCUUUGCUCACAACUUGCUUGUUGGAUGAAUAAAUGACUCACAAAAUCGUCCUUGAUAUAUAAAUAACUCCUCUUGAAAUUGUUAAAUAUUUUUUUAUGAAAAACUUUUGUUUUAAAACUUGUUAUGAAAUUUAUGAAAGAAAAAAAACUCACUUUUACAAAAAAAUUACAUCACACGUGUCAUUCAAUAGUAAGCAUUUAUUUUUCUAUUUUUAUCGCUUUUAGAUUUGUUUACUUCGGUUUCGUUCAAAGAAAUAAAUCUAACUAUUUUUUUUUAAAUAAUUACGCGAAAAUUCUUUUUUUAUUACAAAGCAUGAUUAAUAAACGAUUCUAAAAGCGCUUUUAAAAAAUAUUUUUUUUUAUCAGAAAAAAGAAACGAAGAAAAACAAAAUAUAUUUACAAAAAAAAUAAAAUUAAAUAAAAUAAUAAUAAUAAUUCACGAAGACAAAUAAUUUUCUAGUUGUUAGGAGGAGAGAAAGGGAAAAAAGAUUUGAAGAAAUUGUGUCAAAAAUUUAAAAGAGAAAGAAAAAAAAGUUAUUUUUAGAGAGCGACAAAAAACUUGCUCGAUUAAAUGUUUGAUGUUUGUUAAAAAAAAUUUUAAUUAAUUGUGGAACAUUAUGGAAUAUUUGCCAAGGAGACCAAAAUUGGCAUAAAAAUUAUCAAAAAAAAAAUUAUUUUAAAAAUUUGAACUGAAAAAAAAUUAAAGAAGACAGGAAACGGAUAUACGUAAAAAAUUUGAAUAAAUUUUCUUUGAAAAAUAAAAAAAAGUUUGUAAUAAAUUUUAUUUAA